GAACUAUAUACCUGGAUAUUAUUUACUACUGUUCCCAGCAUGAAUUCAAAAAAGCUAAAAUACAGUAAAGCUACAAAACGCCUCCUAGAUUGUAGUGACGAUGAGGAGGAAAUUUCAUCUAAGAAAACUAAAGUGUGUUCUAUGCCGCCUGCACCUUCAUCAUUAUUCACCCUAACUCUGGAAUCUUCGAUUGCUGAACCUGAAAAGGACAGCUCUGAUGAUGAGGAAGAAGUUAAGAAGGGAGAGCAGAAGAGGAGGCGCAAAGUCAGUCGGGCUCAACGUGACCGUGAGGCCAGGCAGUUGGAAGAGCAGCUGAGAGAAGCCGAGCGUUCCCGCCUCACCAAAGACACUAUCGGCCCACAGACUGAAGAUGAUUAUAGGGAACUGCUGCUCACCAACAAAGCAUGCAGUGCCACCUGGAUCCAGUAUAUCAGUUUCUUGCUUGCUGCUGGUGAGCAUGAACGAGCUCGGGCCACGGCGCGAAGAGGGCUGUCCAUGAUCCCGUUUGAGGAGCAACAAGAACGAGUGAACUUGUGGACGGUAUUGCUACGCCUUGAGGUUAUGUAUGGCUCCACUGACAACGCUGCUGAGACGGCUUUGGCUGAGGCUUGUUCCAAUGCUGACGACUUUAUUAUUCUCACCAACAUGGCCAACAUUUACCAGGAGAACGAUAUGCUCAAUAAAGCAGAAGAGAUCCACAACCGCAUCACUAAGAAAUAUUACGCCGAGAUGGAUGCCUGGGUGCGGAAGGGCCAGUUUUAUUACUCCACGGGACAGGUUGAAGAGGCAAGGACUACCCUUGUUAAAGCCUUGCGUGUUCUCAAGAAAAAGGAAGGUGUGGAUGUGACGUGUCGCUUCGCACAACUGGAGCACAAACAUGGCGAUGCUGACAGAGCCAAGAGCAUGUUUGAGUCUGUGCUUGCAAACUUCCCUAAACGCGUCGACGUCUGGAACGUCUAUGCCGACCUACUGAUUAAGACCGAGGAUUUCGAGCAAGCAAGGAACGUCCUAUCGCGAAUGUGUUGUCUGCAAAUGCGCCUGAGCAAGAAGUUGGCGCUCUUCUCCAAGUGGCGUACUUUUGAGAAGACGCACGGCAACUCGCGCACUCAGGAGGCUGCCAAACGCCUCAUAGACGAACUGCUCCUCAAAGAGGAAGCUGCGCUCGACGAAUAAACUCUGCU